AUGGUUAACUUCAAGAACCUCGCCGUCGCUGCGACCAGCCUUCUCGGCCUCGCCAACGCUGCUCCUACUGCCAAGGUUGACUCUACUGAGGUCAUCCCCGGCAAGUACAUCGUCACCCUCAAGUCUGACAUCGCUGCCGCCAAGCUUGAGAGCCAUCUUAGCUGGGUCGGAGAUGUUCACAAGCGUGGACUGAACGAGCGUGCUGAGAAGGGUGUUGAGCGCACCUACAAGGGCAAGUAUGGCUUCUCCGGCUAUGCUGGUUCUUUCGACAAGAGCACUAUCGAUGAGAUCAAGAAGAGCCCUGAUGUCGCCGAGGUCGAAGAGGACCGUGUCUGGACCAUCAACUUUGUCGAUGAGGCCGAGGAGGAUGUUUCUCUCUCCAAGCGUGCCUUGACCAGCCAGACUGGCGCUCCCUGGGGACUUGGAACGGUCUCUCACCGAACCAGGGGAUCUACCACCUACAUCUACGAUACCAAUGCUGGCCAGGGCACUUACGCCUAUGUCGUUGACACCGGUAUCCGAGCCACUCACAACGACUUCGAGGGCCGUGCUCAGGCUGUCUACACUGCCUUCAGCGGCCAGAACGCUGAUACUAACGGCCACGGAACUCAUGUUGCCGGUACCAUUGCUGGAAGGACCUACGGUGUCGCUAAGAAGGCCACCAUCCAGGCUGUCAAGGUUUUCCAGGGCAGCUCUUCCAGCACCUCCAUCAUCCUCGGUGGCUUCAACUGGGCUGCCAACGAUAUCAUCUCCAAGAGCCGAACCCGAGUCUCCGUCGUCAGCAUGUCUCUUGGUGGUGGUUACUCUGCUGCUUUCAACAACGCUGUUGAGUCUGCUUCCCGCUCCGGUAUCAUCUCCACCAUUGCUGCUGGUAACGAGGGUCAGAACGCCGCCAACGUUUCUCCUGCUUCUGCUCCUAGCGCUAUCACUGUCGGUGCUAUUGACAGCAACUGGGCCAUCGCCUCCUACUCCAACUGGGGCCCCGUCCUCGACAUCUUCGCCCCCGGCUCUAACGUUCUCUCUGCCUGGUACACCAGCAACACCGCCUCCAACAGCAUCAGCGGUACCUCCAUGGCUACUCCUCACGUUGCUGGUCUUGCUCUCUACGGUAUCUCUGUCGAGGGUGUCUCCGGUGUCGCUGGUGUUACCAACUGGCUCACCUCCACUGCCACCUCUGGCAGAAUCAGCGGUAACCUCCGCAACUCCCCCAACCUGAUUGGUAACAACGGCAACAGCCAGCAGUAA